ACUGCGAAAAAUAUUCGAACCCCAUUGGUUUUUUUUCCAGGUACCUCCGUCCCAUAACGGAGCGGUGUGAGUUGAAUCACCAGCGGGAAGCGAUGGCGGACGAGUCGGCGGCAGCGCCGCUUCGCCUGGUUAACUUCGUCUCGGAAGAGCAGUUGAUUCAAUCGAAGAGGACGAGAGGCGAACGUGUCGAAGACGGAACCGCCUCUAGGGACAGGCCAUUGUACGAGAUCUUGAGGGAAAACAAAGAAAAAAAGGAUGCUGAGUUUAAUGAAAGAUUUAAACACAGACCACCAAAAGCCCUUGACGAGGAUGAAACAGAGUUUUUAGAUAAUUUGGCCACGUCCAGGAGAGAAUACGAAAAACAAGUCGCACUUGAAGAAGCUGAAGAGCUUCGCAGUUUUCAUGAUGCAGUGGCAGCUCAAUCCUCUUUUGUUCAUGAGCUCAAAGACAGCACACCUGUUGCUACAGCUGAGGUACCUAGGCCAGGUCUUAAGAGGAAUCAACAAGCCCGAAUGGGGAACAUAAUUAUCACAGUGAAACCGCAAGCGAAGAAAGCCAAGACGGAGCCAGCACCUGUUGGAUCUUCAGAGGGUACAAAACCUUCCAAUGACGUUGAUGUAAAGUCAUCACUUGAUGCUGCUCCGAAUGCACUCAUGGGUUUAGUCUCUUAUAGCGACGAAAGUGAAUAAGACAAUUGAUUGUCUUUUCCUUCUCUCUCUCUUUUUUUUUCCUUUUUUCUUUUCAUCUCCUUCAUGGUUCAUGUAAACUGAUCCAAUUUAUGUAUGUUAAUAGGACGAAUUCGAUCAUCUUCUUCUGAAAAAUUCUGUUAGGACAGUAAUUGUAUGAGUGAUUAUUUUUUAGUGGCAAUUAUAUCUGUUACUUGAAGGGCCA